AUUUCAAGGCUGUGUUAUGUGUCAUAUUUUUGGCCGAUUUGUGAAAUCGAAAUCGAAAGUGUCGGUAUUUAUUAUGAUCUAACAUAACAACAGACUAAGUACUGUGAAAAUAAUGUCGUUGUGCACAGGAAUUCGCAUAUCGUAUGUGAUUUUAUUGAAUAGGAUACAUGAAGUGAAUUAAGCUAUAAAUUGAACCAGAAUUUUAAAGCAGUUGUACGAAUUAAACUCAUCAUAGCAAAUGUGUAAGUUACAUUCCCUUUUUAUUUGCUAUAGGACUGCAUUUAUAAGAAAAUACUCUUUUAGAUAAAGUGGAAGUGACAUUAGAUCGAUGAAUAGCAAAAGAAAUCGUACAUAGACUUUUGCACUAUUUAAAUACAAUAAUUGUUUCUCGAACAUGAUUAUAUACCGAGAUAGCGUCAUGUAUACUACAGCUGGACAGUUGGUAGUUACAUACACGUAGUUCUAUGCAUUAAGGUAUACCUAAGUUAUAUUUAUAUAGAUAAAUGAAAAACACUGGUACAGGUGCGUUAAAGGGCAAAUCAUUAUAUAUUGUAAAGAUGGGGGGUAAAUCCACAAAAGCACCUGCUGUAGUCGCCGCCAUAGAUUUCGGGACGACAUAUACAGGAUACGCCUUCAAGUUUGCUUCCGACGACACAAUUUACAGUACCUUUAACCGAACCGAAUGCCGCGUUCCAACUUGUGUUUUACUCAGACCAGACAAGACUUUGCGUGCAUUCGGAAAGGAUGCAGUUGAUGAGUAUGAAACAAUUUUGUCGACCGAAGAGCAGAAAUCUUAUUUCUACUUUCGACAUUUUAAAAUGUUGCUAUAUAAAACGGGAUCAAAGAAUGUUAAAGAUACUAUAUCUGACAUACGAGGAAAAUACAUGGACGCUUUAGAAGUCUUUACAAUUGUUCUGGCACAUAUGAAGAGACAAAUAUUACAAGACAUAAAAACUAGAAAGUAUGUAGAUAAACCCAUACCGGAUCAAGAGGUUCGGUGGAUUAUAACUGUACCUGCCAUUUGGAGUGAUUUUUCCAGGAACUUUAUGCGACAAGCUUCGGAGGGUGCAGGAUUCAUUCCUGAAAAUACCAGACUUGUGCUAGAGCCCGAAGCAGCAUCGGCGUUUGUGAAAAGUAAAAAAUUGGCGAUUAAAGGCAAUGCAUGCGCUCGAUUGGAGAAAGGUCAUCGGUAUAUUAUUGCUGAUCUUGGGGGAGGGACAAUUGAUAUUUGUGCCCACGAGAUUAUUGAUGAAGGACGAGUAAUUGAGUUAUGCAGGCCAUGUGGCGAUUACGGAGGUGGGACGGUCAUUGACCAAGAGUUUCUUAACUUCCUUGUUAAACUGUUCGGAGGAGAGGUUGUAGAAAUGUUUAAAACCAAACAUAGAUUAAAAUUCUUCGAUCUUCUGCAAGAAUUCGAAAACAAAAAAUGCACGUUUUCAAAUACCACACAAAAGGUGAUCAUUGAUUUACGUGGUCUUUUCCAACUGUAUCAAGAUAAGGAGAAAGAAAAUCCAUUCGAAAUGCUUGAAAGAUCGCUGUAUGGAAACAGAGUUCAUCUGCAUGAAAACAAAAACCAUUUGUAUUUGUUCAAUGAGACGAUGAAAGAAUUCUUCGAGAAGUCACGGUCUGCUAUAAUUAAAAACAUGAAAGACAGUGUUGAAGAAUGUCGCAAACAAGGCAAGCCUAUUCAGUCUAUUUUGUUAGCCGGAGGGCUUUCAGAAUCGCCUUACAUACAAGAAUGUAUAAGGCAGGAAUUUGAGGGGGAACUACAAGUCAUCUGUGCGGACGAAGGUAGAUUGUCUGUGGUGAAAGGUGCUGUCAUAUUAGGAUGUACGCCGCGAGGUCAUAUUACAAGAAAAGCGCCGUAUACGUACGGAUGUUAUCAAAUACGACCAUUUGAUUCAACAAAGCACGACCAAUCCCUUUGCAUAACCCACAAUAAUGUGAAGCAGUGCGACAAAUUGUUUUGUAAAUUGAUCGAGAAGGGACAGACCAUGCAUCAUAAUGAGUCCUUUGCGGUAGAAGGCGAAAUCACAAUACGAGACGAAGAUUUGAAAACAAAAAUUCGCCACAUGUCGCUAUGGCGGUCGCCGCUAACCGAUCCUAAAUACUGCUUACCCGACGAGAAAAACCAGGCCCACCUUGUAGCGAAGAUCGACAUAGAACCACCGGAAGGUGGGUGGCAGAGCACGCUGGAACACGUGCAGAGACUAAUAGUUGAUGAUAACGAAUUUGUAAUCAAGUUUAUGAACAAAAAUAAUCGUAUGGAAUUUAAAACGACCGUUACUUAUGUAAACUAGUAGCGACUACAGCGGUCUAAUAAGUCCGUUAAAUACCUGAUUGUGAUUGUAAUUGACAUUUUGCUGCGAUGGUUAUUAAGGGCAUUACAGUUACUCUCAAAUUUCAUUUUUGCAUUUCAUAUUAUUAAAGUCUACCGUUCAUUGAUGUUUAUUACAAUAUGUAUACACGCUAUUGCGGAAAGAGUUCAAAUAUGUUCAUUUUUUGCUUAUUUUUUAUUUAACUGUUAUACGUGUAGCAUUUAAACAAAACAUGCAUUGAAUAAUGAAUUCUAAUCGCAAUACUGACUUGACAUAAAUGUUAAAUAAAGUCGUCAUUAAAGGACAAUAUACCAGU